AUGGUCCAACAAAAGGUCGCCCGGCGUCUGCUCAAGCAGCAUCCUCUCCAACGCCUCGAAUCGCCCUCGCGAGGAUCUUCGGCCUUGCUGCACAUUCUCGGACUCUCCUCGUUCGCCUACUCCUACUCGCUCCUUCUCUCGACCGACAAUCAAAUCAAUGCGUCCUACGGCUGGCACCUGCAAUACCUCACCAUCAUCGGUCUCUCGCUCAGCGCCGUCACCUUCGCUGUCGGCCUCCUCGCCGAUAUCACUCUUUCGCCCAUUCUUUUCCGCACCAAAAAUACCCUCAGUGUAGCUUCGGCGCCUAUGGAAUGUCUGAUCACAUUGCUUUACUGGAGUCUUCGAGCGAUUGAUCCCAAACUCGUCGUUUCCGAAUGGGCGCCGCCAAUGGACUUUCACGCCGACCUGUCAUUUCACGCUGUUCCCGCCAUCUCCUUGGUCAUCGACCUCCUUCUCUUUUCUCCACCUUACACGAUCGCUUUCCUCCCCGCACUUUCUCUCAGCAGCAUCAUCGCUUUUGGAUACUGGUUUUGGAUCGAGCGGUGCUACCACUACAACCAAUUCUACCCAUACCCCAUCUUCGAGAUGUUGAGCACUACGCAAAGGAUAGGGCUAUUCGUCUCCUCCGCCCUCCUCAUGACUCUGGCAACGGGUCUCCUCGUCUGGCUCUACCGACUUGUCAACGGACCUCUCCGGAAAGAAGUCAAAGGUGACCCGAAGAAGGCACGGCCUGGUAAUAUCAGAGGCGAAUAG